AGUGGCAAGCGGUGCGGGGGGCAGGUGCUGGGUGGCACCGGUGGCUGAGGGGGUGUCGCAGCCAUGUCGGAGCGGAAGGUGUUGAACAAAUACUACCCGCCAGACUUCGAUCCUGCUAAGAUCCCAAAGCUCAAACUCCCAAAGGACCGACAGUAUGUGGUGCGGCUGAUGGCCCCCUUCAACAUGCGAUGCAAGACAUGUGGUGAAUACAUCUAUAAAGGGAAGAAGUUUAAUGCCCGUAAGGAGACUGUUCAGAAUGAGGUGUACCUGGGACUUCCCAUCUUCCGCUUCUACAUCAAGUGCACACGUUGCCUGGCAGAGAUCACUUUCAAGACAGAUCCCGAGAACACAGACUACACCAUGGAGCAUGGCGCCACUCGCAACUUCCAAGCUGAGAAGCUCUUGGAGGAAGAGGAGAAAAGAAUGCAGAAGGAGAGGGAAGAGGAAGAGCUCAACAAUCCCAUGAAGGUCCUGGAGAACCGAACCAAGGACUCCAAGCUGGAGAUGGAGGUUCUGGAGAACCUGCAGGAGCUGAAGGAACUCAACCAGCGCCAGGCAAAUGUGGACUUUGAGGCCAUGCUGAAGCAGUACAAGGAGUACGAGGAGGAGCAGAAGCGCAAGGAGCAAGAGGAGGAUGAGCAAGAGAUGAAAGCCAUGCUGGAGCAGGCUCAGAACCGGCGGCUGCUGGUAGACUCCGACUCUGACGAAGAGCCUGCAAAAUCACGCACAAAGCCUGCGGCGAAAAUUAAACCUACGGACAUCUUGCAGGAGGACCCUCAGCCCCAGAGUAAGAAGCUGAAGACGGAGAGCUGGGAGAGGAGUGUGGGGAAAUUGAACACCAAGUCCCAGCUGGCCGGCCUGGUCACAGUGAAGAAGCAGAAGCCAAAUCCUGCCCUGGCUAAUGGUACAGAGAACCAAGGCACCACGGGCAACACCGGCUCGUUUCCCACAGCAACGGGCACCACGUCCUCCCUCGGCUUGUUGGGGGCGUAUUCGGACAGCGAGGACAGCGCGAGUGACUGAUGAGCGACCGAGCCAGCCCAGAGCAGGGAUCGCAGGCUGUCCCCCCCUCCCAGCUGACAGCAGCUGCUCUCCAGAGCCUCACGCAGAGCUGGCACCGCAGCCGUCGGGCCCAGCGGGGUUUCCAGGCCAUCUGGAGACCCAGCGUCUUCACCUGCCCGCCCUGGGGUGCGUGUCCAUCCUCCAACAGGGACGAGGCCCAAGCUUCCCUUGCUGGCUAACACUGCCGGCAGACAGAACCCGGGUGAGCCGAUCGGGAAGACGGUUUCCUCGGAGGAGGGUAUCGCUGCUGCGCUGCAGCCAGUGGAAAGCCCCAACGCUGUCCCAGGCUGGUUGUGCCCAAACCCAGCUUCCACCCGGCCCCGGGAGCACAAUGGGUCUCCCAACCCUGCACCCGUAAUGUGUUUGGAAGCGCCGGGGCCAGCCAGGACCCUGUAGUUUCUCUAUUCUGGUGGCGCUGAUCGUGCCUGGGCCCGGGUAUGCGACGCGCUGACCCUCCCAGGGCAAUGAAGGGACCUCAGGGCCUUCCUUCCCUCCUGCCCUGCAUCCCUGCGGGGAGCAGGGGGAAGGCAGGAGCUCAGCACCCUUCUUUUGCCGCAGGAGGACCCAUCACCACCACCACUUCUCUGGCCCUGGCUGUCUCCUGACCCCCCUUGUGGGGCUCAGAUCCCGCCUUUGUGGGGCGAGCCCGAAUCCCCUGUUGUUUUGCCGUUAGAGGCGACGCAUUCUGCAGCACAGACCCUGGGGGACUCGUCUAGCCCCGUGCUGCGGGGACGGGGCUGUCCUGGCUGGGCUGUCACCAGCCUCCUUCCCCUGCCCAAGUCCUCCCGUGCCCCAG